AUGGCUGAAGAAAAGGAGCAGAGUGCUGGGAUGUUUGCUCUGAUGGUGACCUUGAAGAUCGUUGGAGUCCUCAUCGCCCUGUACUUUUUCCUCUUCGGUCUCGACCUUAUGGGUGGCUCCUUCAGUGCUCUGGGCAGCAAAGGAGCCGGAAACUUGUUCACCUUCUCUGACAAUCCUAUUGCUGGCCUCAUGGUGGGCAUCCUGGCUACUGUCCUGGUGCAAUCCUCGUCAACAAGCACAAGCAUCGUGGUUGGUUUGGUUGGGGCUGAUGUGUUGGCAGUCAGGUAUGCGAUCCCUAUCAUCAUGGGUGCCAACAUAGGCACUUCCGUGACGAACACUAUUGUCAGCAUGGCCCAUGCAGGGGACCGGUUGGAACUGGAGCGGGCCUUCUCUGGCGCCACAGUGCACGACAUGUUUAACAUGCUCGCAGUCCUGACUUUGCUUCCUGUGGAACUGAUCAUCGCUGCUAUCUCCGGAGAGGGAGGCCUGCUGUACUGGAUCUCCAAAGGAUUGACGGAUGCCGUCAUGGGAGAUUCAGAGAACGACUUGACCUUUCCUUCUCCAACUAAAGAGAUUGUGGGCCCCUUCUCCAAGCUGUUCCUGAACAAGGACAAAAACACCAUCAAAGCCUUGUCCUUUGGCGCACCUACGGCUCAGAGCUGUGGCGCGGGCUGCACAAAAUACUGUGUGAGCUCAGAUGUGAGCAAGGCCUGGCAGAAGGUUGCAGAAGAUGCCUACGCAUCCACCCUGACGGCGUGCACUGGCGCUGUAACUUGCGAUUCGGGCACUUGCUACACAAAUGCUGGGGACUUUUACACAAACAACAUCGAGACGGGAAGGACCAUCAAGGGUGGCUUCCUGAAAGACGUUGGUGACGUUGGAGGUGGCAUCAUUGGACUCAUCCUGUCGUUGAUUGUGCUUUGCGCAGCCCUGUUCUGCCUGGUUAAGCUUUUGCACAGCCUUGUGAUGGGCCAGGCCAAAAAGAUCAUCAUGAAGGGCACCAACAUGAACGACUACUUGGCCAUCUUGGUGGGUCUGGCAAUCACCAUCCUCGUGCAGUCGAGCUCCGUCACAACGUCGGCUUUGACUCCCUUGGUUGGCAUUGGAGUUCUGCCCGUUCACAAGAUGCUGCCCAUGACGCUGGGAGCAAACAUUGGUACGACCAUUACCUCCAUCCUUGCAGGGCUGGCCGUCAUGAAGAAGAGCAGCAUCCAGAUUGCUUUCUGCCACCUGCUGUUCAACCUCGUUGGUAUUUUGAUUUGGUUCCCUGUCCCCAUCAUGCGCAGGGUGGUUGUCCGGGCUGCUUGCACUUUGGGCUUCUAUGCCUCCUACUGGCGCCUGGUUCCGCUCAUCUACAUCCUGGUGAUGUUCGUGGCAGUGCCGGGCGUUUGCUUGCUGAUUUCCCUGCUUUAUGGUUCCAGUGUUGCUGGCGGUGUGGUUCUCACUAUCCUUGCCGUGACGGUUGUGGCGGCCUUUAUCUACUGGUGGAACUUCAUGGGCGGCUGCUACAAGGUGGUCAGCAAGGAAGAGCGUGACGCCCGCCAAGCCGAGAUCGAGGCAGAGAUGGGUGAUGCACCAAAGGCUCGUGGACUCGUGGCUCGCGCAGAGAAAGUCUCGCGCGGCGAGUUGGCAGCUGUGCACACCUCUGGAAUUGACGACUACUCCACCUACAGCAGCGGACCUUUACCCCUGAAGGGAAUGGGCGUUGCACGUCUGAAGCAGGAGCAGAGUGCUGGGAUGUUUGCUCUGAUGGUGACCUUGAAGAUCGUUGGAGUCCUCAUCGCCCUGUACUUUUUCCUCUUCGGUCUCGACCUUAUGGGUGGCUCCUUCAGUGCUCUGGGCAGCAAAGGAGCCGGAAACUUGUUCACCUUCUCUGACAAUCCUAUUGCUGGCCUCAUGGUGGGCAUCCUGGCUACUGUCCUGGUGCAAUCCUCGUCAACAAGCACAAGUAUCGUGGUUGGUUUGGUCGGGGCUGAUGUGUUGGCAGUGAGGUAUGCGAUCCCUAUCAUCAUGGGUGCCAACAUAGGCACUUCCGUGACGAACACUAUUGUCAGCAUGGCCCAUGCAGGGGACCGGUUGGAACUGGAGCGAGCCUUCUCUGGCGCCACAGUGCACGACAUGUUUAACAUGCUCGCAGUCCUGACUUUGCUUCCUGUGGAACUGAUCAUCGCUGCUAUCUCCGGAGAGGGAGGCCUGCUGUACUGGAUCUCCAAAGGAUUGACGGAUGCCGUCAUGGGAGAUUCAGAGAACGACUUGACCUUUCCUUCUCCAACUAAAGAGAUUGUGGGCCCCUUCUCCAAGCUGUUCCUGAACAAGGACAAAAACACCAUCAAAGCCUUGUCCUUUGGCGCACCUACGGCUCAGAGCUGUGGCACGGGCUGCACAAAGUACUGUGUGAGCUCAGAUGUGAGCAAGGCCUGGCAGAAGGUUGCAGAAGAUGCCUACGCAUCCACCCUGACGGCGUGCACUGGCGCUGUAACUUGCGAUUCGGGCACUUGCUACACAAAUGCUGGGGACUUUUACACAAACAACAUCGAGACGGGAAGGACCAUCAAGGGUGGCUUCCUGAAAGACGUUGGUGACGUUGGAGGUGGCAUCAUUGGACUCAUCCUGUCGUUGAUUGUGCUUUGCGCAGCCCUGUUCUGCCUGGUUAAGCUUUUGCACAGCCUUGUGAUGGGCCAGGCCAAAAAGAUCAUCAUGAAGGGCACCAACAUGAACGACUACUUGGCCAUCUUGGUGGGUCUGGCAAUCACCAUCCUCGUGCAGUCGAGCUCCGUCACAACGUCGGCUUUGACUCCCUUGGUUGGCAUUGGAGUUCUGCCCGUUCACAAGAUGCUGCCCAUGACGCUGGGAGCAAACAUUGGUACGACCAUUACCUCCAUCCUUGCAGGGCUGGCCGUCAUGAAGAAGAGCAGCAUCCAGAUUGCUUUCUGCCACCUGCUGUUCAACCUCGUUGGUAUUUUGAUUUGGUUCCCUGUCCCCAUCAUGCGCAGGGUGGUUGUCCGGGCUGCUUGCACUUUGGGCUUCUAUGCCUCCUACUGGCGCCUGGUUCCGCUCAUCUACAUCCUGGUGAUGUUCGUGGCAGUGCCGGGCGUUUGCUUGCUGAUUUCCCUGCUUUAUGGUUCCAGUGUUGCUGGUGGUGUGGUUCUCACUAUCCUUGCCGUGGCGGUUGUGGCGGCCUUUAUCUACUGGUGGAACUUCAUGGGCGGCUGCUACAAGGUGGUCAGCAAGGAAGAGCGUGACGCCCGCCAAGCCGAGAUCGAGGCAGAGAUGGGUGAUGCACCAAAGGAAGAACCAGCAGCUGAAACCGCGGUUUGA